UCAACACCUCGACGGCCUCCGUUUUAUCUGCCUCGAUGUCCGUUAAGCUUAGGGACCAUGUCGUCUUCGAAUCCAGAGCUUCGAUGAUACGGAACAUCAUGGACGCUCUUGCUGAUAACAGCAAGAGCGUGGUCGGGGUUUACGGGAUGGGCGGGAUGGGCAAGUCCACCCUUUUGGAGGAUGUCGAAAGGAUGCUAAUCGAAGAGAGGUCGUUUGAUUGGGUCGCUAAGGCCGACGUGUCGAAAACUCCAAACAUCCAUACGAUUCAAGGAGAUAUUGCAGCCUGCUUGAAACUCACUGACAUAAAGAAGGAAGAAACUAUCAGCGCACGAGCGAAGCUUCUGCGCGAGAGGUUGGAAAAGGAGGGGAGGGAGAAGAAGAAGGUGCUCAUAAUACUGGACAACCUGUGGGAGAAGCUGGACUUGAAAUUAGUCGGCAUUCCUUGCGGACAUGACAACAAAGCCAUAGGAUGCAAUUUGUUGUUGACGUCGAGAGAUCAACGUCUUUUGCAAAGGGAAAUGGGCUGCGACAGGGAGUUCCUCCUUGGUGGGCUGGAGAAGGAAGAGGCAAGAGCUUUGUUUGAGAGGACGGUGGGAGACAAAGUUCAUGAUAACGAGUUCAAGCCCUGGGUGGAAGUAGCACUCCACAGAUGUGCAGGCGUGCCUUUCCUCAUUGUUGCAAUGGGGAAACUUCUUAAAUACGCUGCUUUAUAUGAAUGGAGGGACACUUUGAAAAAAAUCGAGAAGUUUGACCAUAGAGAAUCCAAUGGUUUGAUAGAUCAGAUGCUGCAAUGGAGUUAUGAUAGAUUAGAAGGGGAGGCAAAGUCGUUAUUACGACUCUGCGUUGUUUGCAGUGUCUCCAAGCCCUCUCUUGAAAACUUGGUGAGGUACGGCUUCGGUUUGGGGUUAUUUCAACAAGUUAGCAGCAUGGAAGAAGCUAGAGAUAGGUUGCACACACAGAUCCGUGCUCUUCAGGCCUCCGCCCUUCUGUUAGAUAGCGAAGACGUUGGUGGUUUCAAGAUACAUGACUUAGUUCGCGAGUUUGUUGCCUCGGUCUCUUCGAGAGAUCACCACCCUCUCCUCGUGUUGGAAGAUAAAGUGGAGUCAGUAACAGAGUUGCAGGUGAACAAGCUUGAAAGCUAUGAGGCGAUGUGCUUUCCCAACAUGAAGGAGCUUCCUCCAGAAUUAAAUUGCCCCGAAUUGCACAUUCUUUUGAUGUCCACAGACUACGAGUCCACAGACUACGAGUCUCUUUAUAUCCCAGAUUCAUAUUUCAACUCUAUGAGGAAUCUCAUGGUCUUAAAUCUUGCAGGAGUACGUCUCACUCGCUCUCCUUCGCCGUUUCAAUUAUUGGCAAACAUACACACCCUGUGUUUUCAGAAUUGUUCAUUUGAGGAUGUGGCCAUUCUAGGCAAUCUAAAAAGGUUACAGAUUCUCAGCAUUGUGGACUCAAAAAUUCAGCGAUUGCCGAAAGAAAUUGGGCAACUGGUAGAGCUCAGGUCGUUAGACUUGAGCGAUUGUCCAGAACUUGAGAUUAUUGAACCGGGUGUACUUCAAAGCUUGACCAACUUAGAGGAGUUGUACUUGAAGCAAAGCUUUCAUCAUUGGAGUGCAGGGGAGCAAACUCAACCAACUAAUGCAAGUCUGAGUGAGUUGAAUCACAUGAAGAAACUAUGCACUCUGCAUGUGUCCAUUCCUGAUCCGAGGGUGCUCCCAGACGAUCUAUACGUCGAGAAAUUAACCAAGUAUGAAAUCCGAAUGGGUAAAGAGUGGCGCUGGUGGAAGGAUUGCAAUGGAUCGAGGACACUGGAGCUCAAGUUGGAUCCAUUCAGAGAUGUUCUUCGAAAAGUGUGCAUAAAAGGUAUCUUAGACAAAACUAACGAUUUGCUUUUGAACAAGUUGGAUGGAAGCGAGCAAAGUAUUUGUGCGUUAUCUCGAAAAGGUUUUCCAGAAUUAAAGCAUCUACAGGUCAAGAAUAGUCCCUCCGUCUGUUACAUCCUCGAAUGCCCUUCCCUUCCUGCUUUGGAGACGUUACUUCUCAAGAAUCUCAUCAACUUGGAGAAGAUAUACCACAACCAUAUCUCCAUCGAGUCCUUCAGUACAUUAAAAGUAGUACGAGUUGAAAGUUGCAACAAGAUGGAAGUUCUAUUUCCUUGUUCAGUGGUGAGACAACUUCCACAUUUAGAAAAGAUUGAAGUUGUCAGUUGCGAAUUAAUGUGGGGGAUUGUAGAAGCUGAUGAUGAUCGUGGUAAACUCGAGUUGCCUAAGUUGCAUGUAUUGAAAUUGCAUGGGUUGCCAAAUAUCGCUAAUUUUUUCUCCGCUGGGUCGUCUCCUUCGAGGAGUACAUCAGACAACCAAGUGGGCACUCAAAUUGUGUUCUUCAACGGACAACAGGUUGCCUUUCCAAGUUUGGAGACGUUAGAAGUCGAUGGCUUGGGCAACCCCGGGUUCAUGUUUUCCCCAUCUAUGGUUAAAUCCCUUGCACAAUUGAGAAAUCUAACGAUGUUCUUAUAG